AUGCCAUCGUCGUCGUCGUCGUCGACGGCGACAUCAUUUCGUUCUUUCUCAAGCCGGAGCCACAGCCAUGGAUCAUCAUCCUCAUUAUCCAACCAGCGGAACAACCGCCACCGUAGUGUCCGAUCAUCCUCCGCCAUCGAAUCACUCUCUCGACUGUCAUCAAUAAGAGAACCCCAAUUUUUAUUGUCCCUUCAAAAUAAAGGAAUUUCAGGCAUUUUACAGAAAUGGGUGAAUUAUGGUAGAGGUUGGCGUUCUCGUUUUUUCCUCCUCAAUGAUGGCGUCUUAUCUUAUUAUAAAAUCAAUGGCCUCCGCCGCCACCACCACCACAACCACCGUAAUAAUAUUAUUACAGACGGUGAAGAGUUUUCACGUUGGGUCUCUCGUCUUGGAAAUCCCAUUGGAGAAAUUCACCUCAAGGUUUCUUCGAUUAGGGAGAGCAAAUCAGAUGACAAGAAGUUUUCGAUAUUUACGGGGACGAAAAGAAUGCAUUUGAGGGCGGGAAGUAGGGAGGAAAGGGUGGAAUGGAUGGAGGCAUUACAGGCGGUGAAGGAUAUGUAUCCGAGAAUACCAAAUAAUGAGUUGAUGGAAACUGGGCCGGUGAUUUCGACCAAGAGGUUGAGGCUAAGGUUGAUGGAAGAAGGGGUGAGGGAAGAGGCUAUACAAGAAAGUGAACAAAUAAUGAGGAAUGAGUUUUCAAUUCUUCAUAACCAUCUUGUGGUCCUCAAGCAGAAACAGGCUCUGCUUGUCGACACUUUGCGCCAGUUAGAGACAGAGAAAGUAGACUUGGAGGAUACAGUUGUUGAUGAAAGCCAAAGGCAGCAUGAACAUAUGCCUGGAUCGAGGCAACAGAAAUUUUCCGGUACGGGAAGUGCAAGUGGCUCUGAUGAUGAUCCUGACAGACAUGAUGCUGCAGAGGAGGAAACAGAUGACGACGACAAUGAGUUCCUUGAUACUCAAGAUUUUCUUUCAUCAAGUUCAUUUAGAAGUGCUGAAUCUGAAUUCCAGAAAACACCAUAUGGUUCUGAUGAUGAUGAUGAAGGGCCUCUUGAUAUUGAAGAUGGCAUGGAUUUCCGUAUUAAAUCUGUUCGAUCUAACUAUCUUUGUGUCAGGCGGCGUAAGAAAUUGCCUGACCCAGUUGAAAAGGAGAAGGGGGUUAGUCUUUGGUCGAUGAUUAAAGAUAAUAUCGGGAAGGAUCUCACUAAAGUUUGUCUUCCAGUUUAUUUCAAUGAGCCCCUCUCUUCUUUACAGAAAUGUUUUGAGGAUUUGGAAUACUCGUACCUUCUAGAUCGAGCCUAUGAAUGGGGUAAAAUGGGCAAUAGCCUUAUGAGAGCACUCAAUGUGGCGGCAUUUGCAGUAUCAGGAUAUGCCUCUACUGAUGGAAGACAUUGCAAGCCAUUCAAUCCACUUCUGGGGGAGACAUAUGAGGCCUAUUAUCCGGAUAAAGGCAUUCGCUUUUUCUCUGAGAAGGUUAGUCAUCACCCAAUGGUUGUUGCUUGCCAUUGUGAAGGUCAAGGCUGGAAGUUUUGGGGUGACAGCGAUUUAAAAAGUAAAUUUUGGGGUCGAUCAAUCCAGCUUGAUCCAAUUGGCUCUUUAACUCUAGAGUUUGAUGAUGGAGAAAUUUUCCAGUGGAGUAAGGUGACAACAUCAAUUUACAACCACAUUUUAGGAAAACUAUACUGUGAUCAUUAUGGUACAAUGAAGAUACAGGGGAAUCAGAGAUAUUCCUGCAAGCUAAAGUUCAAAGAGCAGUCAAUCAUUGACAGGAAUCCCCACCAGGUACAAGGCAUUGUUCAAGAUAAGAAUGGUAAAACAGUGGCAAGUUUAUUUGGCAAAUGGGAUGAUAGCAUGCACUAUAAAAUCAUUGGUGGCUCAAGGAAUGGAAAUGAGUCAGAGCCCCAUUUGCUCUGGAAACGGAGUAAACCAUCGAAGUAUCCAACCAAAUAUAAUCUGACACGUUUUUCCAUCACUCUGAAUGAGCUCACACCAGGACUCAAGGAGAAGCUGCCACCAACAGACUCCAGGCUGAGACCUGAUCAGAGAUGCUUAGAAAAUGGAGAGUAUGCAAAGGCCAAUGAUGAGAAGUUACGACUAGAGCAGAGGCAACGACAGGCACGGAAGAUGCAAGAGAGAGGUUGGAAGCCUCGGUGGUUUGUGAAGGAGAAAGGCAGUGAAACUUACCGCUAUAUUGGUGGUUACUGGGAAGCCAAGGAAAAGGGCAACUGGGAAUCAUGUCCUGAUAUCUUUGGCCAAGUCCAGACUGAUCAAUUUUUCAAGUAG